UUAUGGUAGAAAUUAGGAUGCACAUACAUGAUUCUAUCAUUCAUCGCAUCGGGCACGGCCGUAAACUUCAAUCAAGGGAACUGCUCUUUAGCCUUUAGUCAUAACUUCCGCAAGCAUAGGGUUUCAACUUUCAAGGAGUGAAAUUCAAAGACCCAAUAAUGGAUAAAGAUCAAGAAGAUGAAAUUGUUUGCUUGGAGUCAUUUUUCCUCAAUGAUAAUUACCAAUUAACCACUUUUACAUUUGGGUCUCAAGUUCUUGAGUUAUUUUGCCUUCAUUCUGCUUCAACUGAUUUUGAUCUCACUGGGCAGUUGGUAUGGCCUGGGGCAGUGAUUUUGAAUGAAUAUCUCUCCAAAAACGCUGAGAUGCUUCGAGGACUUUCUGUCAUUGAGUUAGGCUCUGGUGUUGGUGUCACCGGAGUACUUUGUGGUAGAUUUUGCAAUAAAGUUGUGAUGACGGAUCACAAUGAUGAAGUUCUAAAGAUUCUGAAGAAAAAUAUAGAUCUACAUUCAUCGUUUGAGGAUUUGCCUUGCUCUGAUUUGGUGGCCGAGAAACUUGAAUGGGGGAAUUCUGAGCAAAUAAAUGCAAUCAUGCAAAGAUAUCCCGAAGGAUUUGAUCUGGUUCUUGGAGCUGAUAUUUGCUUUCAACAAUCAAGCAUUCCCUUACUUUUCAAUACAGUAAAGAAGCUUCUUCAAAUUAGAGGGGAAGGAAAAUGCAAAUUUAUUCUUGCUUAUGUCUCUCGUGCAAAAAUGAUGGAUGAAAUGGUUAUCAAUGAGGCUUUGGGACAUGGCUUAUUGACAAAAGAAGUUCCUGGAACACGUUCUGUGGUUGGAAAUCUAGGAGUUAUUUACGAGAUUAGUCUUUAGUAGAUCAUGCAACUGUACUUCGGUCUUGGAGCCUCAGAAAAGACACAAAAGAUCAAAAGUGUCAAAAGAAUUUUACUUAUCAAUUGUGGUUCUGUAGCAUCUGUUCCCGAUACACAUACAGAUCUCAGAUAAUGAACAGAAAGGUGCAGUUUGAGGUAAUUCCUUAAUGGUACAUGUAAUUCAGGUCACCAUUCGGUAGGUGGACAAUUUUCUGUCGGGCAUACAAAGUAACUUAAACUCGGUGAAUUAGCUGCAUACUACUUUUUGCUUGAACCUCCCGCGAAAUUAUACAUGAUUUAAAUUAUUAUCAUCUAUUGCAUUUUAUGAGACGAGUGAGUUCAUUAAUCUUCUGUGAAGUCGAUUUUGUGUCUCGUAUUGCUGAUUUAUCUUGCUAAUACCUCAUUGUCACCUUGAAAUAAUAUGGAAUAGAUCUGUUUGACGAUGUAAUGACUGUGUGAAAGCAUACGGUACAUUGAUUUUGCAGUCUAUUUCAAGAACCGAGUGCAGCACACAACAGAUUAGAACAAGUUGAUGAUCUCAAACGUGCCUUUAGUCUACUAACAAGCUGAAUCUUGCUCGCCUGACAAUCUUUGCCCAAACGCAGGCCAUCUUAGUCGUUUUUUUUAUAUAUUUUUCUAUAUAAUAACAGCAAUGUUAGAGCCUUAAUCCCAAAUGAGAAGAAAUCAGGCCCGGAUGAAACGUUGACCCGUUUGGAUCAUGUUUUAAACAAAUCUUGAACUCAAUUGGGCUUGUUCUAUUUAGGCAGCUGUACUUUGAGCAAGCUCAAUUGUGGAU